AUGGUUAACGAUGGACGAUACGAGUUGAGGCGUGGACUGCUUGGACAAUGCACCGUGGUUUGCCGUAUCUGCUGCGAGGAAUUCACGUACGCCGAAGACUAUAACGAUCACCUGAUAUGUCACCAGCUUUCUAGCAACAGAGAGGUUAGGCUGUCCCUCUUCAGGUGCGAGCUAUGUGGGUUGACCGAGGACGGAGAUGAACGCGAGAUAGUAUUAGAAGAACACAUGAAGUCGCAUGAAAUAUCUGCUCGAGAUUUGCCGCAGGAGUUGUUGUGGGUUUCCGAGCUGCCUUCCUGGUGGCCGAACUGCUUUUAA